CCACCGGAUAAGCCGGAGCCGGAGCAGGAGCCGGGCUGCACCAAACGGCCUAAAGACACAAACCAGCACCUUCUUCUCCGCCCGCCCCCGGCCGCGUGGCCACCGUCGGACUCGCCGCCGGGAUCUCCAGCAUGCAAACCACUAAUAUCUCCUACGUGCUUGUACCUGGCGCCGUCCGUCUUCAUAUCCUGAUCCCUCCCUUUACCGGUGUUUGAUAGGCGUGGAGCAGAGAUCCAUCUGGACUCGGGAUUGAUUCCUUUCGCAGAGAAGAUUCCAGGUGGCAAACUCCACUUUGGAGAUGGUUCAGCUCUUUUUGCAUGUGCCGAGAGAAGGUGGCAGUGUUAAUACAGUUGCUGUGGAGGCGAGGAAAUCUCUUCUUAACAAUGUUGAAUCCAUAAUCAAGUCAAUUAUCAAGUCAACAGGAAGGUACGAAGCUCGGUUGUGGCUGUGCAGCACUAUCUCGUCGGUCCAUUCUCUCAGUCACCAUGACCAGCGGAACCUAUUUCUCGAUCUCUUAGAAAUGAAGAAUUCCAGGCAAGAUGUUGCUGCCCGCUUGUUGCGGAUGAUUUUUGAUAAGAAGCCCAAAAUGGCCGGGUCUAUUCUAGCAAAAAAAGGCCAUAUACUGGAGGAGUUCUUCCGAGGAAACCCGAAGCGGAUAAUACAGUGGUUUGGUCAUUUUGCUGUUACUGGUGAAUCCACACAUAAGAAGGGUGCAAAGGCACUUUCUCAGUUUGCAUUUGUAAAUCGUGACAUGUGCUGGGAAGAACUUGAGUGGAAAGGAAAGCAUGGGCAGUCUCCUGCUGUUGUUGCUACUAAGCCUCACUAUUUUCAUGAUCUUGAUGUUCUCCAGACAGUGGAAAAUUUCCUGGAGUAUGUCCCCGACUUCUGGUCUUCAGAUGAGCUUGCUGAUUCUAUUAAAGAUGGUGAAAUACUGCAAAUUGAUGCAGGUUAUUUUGUAGAUCAAUUUUUGUACUUGAUGUACGAGGACAAUUCCAAAGAUGCAUGGCAUGUGGUUGAAGAUUUUUUGAUAGACGAGCAGUUUUCCUCUCUUUCCCAACAUCUUCUUAUUCAUCUAGAUGAGCAAAGGCUUCUUGAUUUCUUAAAAUCGUUAGGCAAGCUCAUCAGUCCUACUUCGCAAUGCAAGGAAUUGGCAUUUCCAUGCUGUUGGCUUGAGGUUCUUUUGUCAGGACAUUGUGAUCGCAUAUCUCUUGAUGAUCUUGUCUUAUUGAACUGUGUCAUUGCCAAGGGUAGACAACUUUGGCGGCUCAUGAAUGACGAAGAACAGCAGGAAGAACAGGAACAAAUGGAAGAGAUCCUGAAGGGCGUAAAUCAUUUGACUGUUGCUGAUCAUUUUGCUCUCAUGAAGGAACUAGUGGAGAGAGAAUUUCCUGAUGCACUUAAGUGGAUAAGCAUUCAGUCCUGGGUCAUCUUCUGUGUUUUGUCUAAAGAAUGCAGAUCAGGAGAUUCUUGUGAAUCUUUGUUCUCUCAUAACAAAAUAGAGUUUCGCAAGGCUGACGAUUACUCAUUGGUUCAGAACGAUGGGUGCUCAAUUUCACAGCUACCGGAUACUGAUGAUGUGGAUCUUGCUGGAAGUAGUCAGAAAAGGAGAAAGAGGAAUAGGAGGAAAAAGCGGCAUAGAUAUGAUUCUGAUGAUGACAAGCUUGACGAACUGCUUGAACUUGGAUCUUCCAAAGGAAAGAACUAUGUUGAAUCACGAGGAAGCUGGCACCUUUCAACUGAUGGUUUCUCAGCUUCUUGGGACAUUGCGGACAUACCGGAUCACCUUUCUACAUGUUAUUUGAAGAUCUGGGUAAAGUGGGCUUGCUUUUGAUGAUUCUCAUCACAGCAUGUGUAGUCUGGCAAUCCUGUUACCUUUCAGGCGACAACAUCUUGAAGCAUGGAGCCUGUAUAUGCUUGCAUAUUUCUACAUCAAAUCUGCAAUCUUUUGGUGAUGAAUUAUGAGGGUAAGUGUUAACUUCAUGUACUUCAUCUCCUAUGCAGAGGGUUGGAGUUCUGUAUUAUCAUAGACAUGGCAGCCGGACAGGCGUCAAACUAUUCGUUAUAUGCUGCCAGCGAGAGAACAUAAACGUGACUGCAUAGUUCUGAGUUUCUUCAUCUCUCGUCACUUGAAAAUUCCUA